ACGUCACGGGCGACGUCCUCGCUCAGAUGCGUGCGUUUUCGUCUUUCGACGUCAAGUGCUUCCGGGCCGUGGGGGUUGCCCGCACGUCGUCUAUUGCAGACAACUUCGACGUAAUGUGUGAGGCGGUGAUGCGGCUGUUGAAGUUUGGUCUAGAUUCGUCCACGACCGCGGGUGUGCAAUCGUUGCGGCGGUUGGAACCCAUAGCCACAGCCAUGGCGGACGCGCGCUCCAGGUUUCGGACUACUCUCGUGCGGAAUAGUGAUGUGUUUCCGGACGAGUACCAGCGGGCGGCACUGCCAAGGUUACCGAACGAGGACUUCAAAUUGUGGACAACGGCGAUCAUCACCUGGAUGUACCCCUUCACGAAGAUGCAUUAUAUGCCGGAUGCGUUCGACGGCCACACCUUGCCGCCGGUGCCCGAGUUCCCCAACAUCAACAACUUCUGUGAACGGGGGGUGAAUCUAUUCCGGCUGGUCCUGAGUGACGGAGGAUCCCUCCCCGGAACAGGAGAGUCGCGGGGCGGGAGCGGCAAGCGUAAGGCGGGCCAACUGGAUCGGGGUGAUUCAUCGUCACGGAAGCGCGUCUCAAGGGAGUGCUUCCAGUUCCGCCACUCUGACACGUGCUCUUUCGGCGGCAAAUGCAGGUUUGAGCACGUCAAGCGCCGAGAUUUGUCAAGUACAGGAAGUGGUGGUGGUGGGGGCGGGAGUCGCGGUGGCGGGGGGCGCUCGUCGGCUGGUGGUCAGGGGGGUGGCGUCGCCCGGGGAGGAGGACAGGCUGACGGUGGCGGCGGUGGUGGGUCGUCGUCGGCCUUGGUGGUGCGGGGUGGCAGCAAAUAGGGGUGUGGGCUCCGCCGGGUGGCAGGGCCAACUCCUGUGUCGGUUCCAGCUGAGAGGCCGCAACAGCAGCCAGGUCAUAGGGAGAUGGCGUCCCGCGCCUUGGCUGGCGUGAGGAUCCGAGGCGAGCGCUGUGAGGGCCUGCCCGCAGUGGCUUCCGACUUGGAAUCAGGUACGAGGCAAAGUUUUGAACAGGUUUUGCCGUGUUAGGUUGAAGAGUGGCGAGUGGCUGUGUCUGCGUUGGCUGAGUGUGAAGCUGCAGAACGGUACGCCCAUCUUAACCAUGUGGCGCAUGUGGCUUCAAACUUGCUUCGACGGUGUGGGGCACGCGUGGAAAGGUUCGUCGCCGCUUUUGACCGGAAGUUCUUUCUGCCCCAUGUCGAUGUGAUGCGCGUCAAGUCGUAUUUUGGAGAAGUGAAAAAGUUUCCCCGAGUUGGUCAACUUCUGAGAUCGUUGUCUCCGGGUGCGCCGGUUGACGUGGGCUCAGGUGGGAGCCUGGACGCUGAAGUGGCUUACGGCAACCAUCCUAGCGCGUUACUGCACAGAGAUCGGAUCACAGACAAAGUUGUAUCGGACGUGACAUUGGGGCGUGCGUUGAUUUUCGAUAUUCGGUUCAUCCGAGAAAUCUUAGGUGUUAGAGUGUCGCCGUUGGGAGUCAUCGACGAACCGAAGUUCAGAAUUAUUCACGAUCUCACUUUCACCUCCGGCGUGCCCAUCCGUACGAGCGUAAAUCACGAUACGGACUUUGAUCAAGCACCUGAAUGCCUCUUGGGUCAAGUAUUGAGUGACAUUCUUNUCUUUCUGCCCCAUGUCGAUGUGAUGCGCGUCAAGUCGUAUUUUGGAGAAGUGAAAAAGUUUCCCCGAGUUGGUCAACUUCUGAGAUCGUUGUCUCCGGGUGCGCCGGUUGACGUGGGCUCAGGUGGGAGCCUGGACGCUGAAGUGGCUUACGGCAACCAUCCUAGCGCGUUACUGCACAGAGAUCGGAUCACAGACAAAGUUGUAUCGGACGUGACAUUGGGGCGUGCGUUGAUUUUCGAUAUUCGGUUCAUCCGAGAAAUCUUAGGUGUUAGAGUGUCGCCGUUGGGAGUCAUCGACGAACCGAAGUUCAGAAUUAUUCACGAUCUCACUUUCACCUCCGGCGUGCCCAUCCGUACGAGCGUAAAUCACGAUACGGACUUUGAUCAAGCACCUGAAUGCCUCUUGGGUCAAGUAUUGAGUGACAUUCUUAAGCGGGUGCUGUAUUUGCGACAAGUACACGGGGUGUCGUUGGAAAUUCUGAUCUGCCGCAUUGAUGUGAAAGAAGUCUUCCGGCAAAUCCCCGUGGAUCCGUCUCGGGCAUCGUUUUUUGGGUAUACGAUCGGAGAUCACGCGGUUGUUGACCUACGGUGUCAAUUUGGAUGGCGGUCGAGUCCAGGGUUUUGGUCCUUGUUCUCGUCCGCUUUGGGACACUCACACACACACUACAUUUCAAGACGCGUCCGUUUCUCCCGCCGGGGCUGCGGCUGUGCAGCAUGUUCAAGUAGUGUCCCCACCAGACGAAAGUACAGCGGUGCCAUUACCUGUUGAUUGCCAGACUAUUGUGGGCGACGGGGCGUUUGCUGGUUCUCCGUUUUUCGUGCGAUACUACGUUGAUGAUGGCGUGUUGAUUGAAGGGAGAUUUUUCGCUGAUGGUCGCCGAUGUUCGCGCGCGGUGCGUUCUCUCGCUAGGGAUCACUUUCGUCUGCUGGGAGAGAGAGGCCCAACAGACCCGCCGUUGUUGUCGCAAGGAAAGAUAACCGAUUUUUCUCCCCGUCUGGAUGUGUUGGGUUGGACAUUGGACUCUCAGCAACUCACGACCACUAUGACCGACACGAAACAGCAGAAACUCAAACGAAUUUUGGCUGCGUGCCCGCGACGCGGAGAGUUGCUACAGCUCGUCAAGUAGCCGAGUUGACAGGGUUUCUCAUGCACGUUUCGUUCGUGUUGCGGCCAGAAAAGUUGUUUGUGGGGCGCCUUUUAUCUGCGGUAGGGAUGCCUGCUUCGUCUACUUUCGUGUCCCAAGUGCCGAGUCCGAACAGACGUGUAGUGCUGGGUCCAUUAUUCCACGAUGAGGUCGACUUUUGGCGGUGGUUCCACGGGCGUGGUCUCUCGUUGCGCGGCGGAAGUUUGUGUGCAACGAUGUACAACAUUUUGGAACGCCCGCCUGCACUUUCCGUGUUCACCGAUGCGUCUAAGCAAGAAAUUGGAGGGUAUUGUUUGCAA